UGGUGGCUGCUUUACGGAGAGAAAGACAGACAGAUCCUGAAUAGGAAACAGGCCCAGAGCUAUGGCCCAACAAGAAGAACAAGAAGUAGUAGAUGUGAUUCUGGAGAAGAUCGACUCCCGGGACCCUCUCACCAAAGAGAUUGAUUUGGUGGAAAGAGACCCCAAGCAGAUCAACCAAGAGGUGGUCAAGGUAGACUUUGAAGAUGUGAUCGCUGAGCCAGAGGGAACCCACAGCUUUGAUGGAGUGUGGAAGGCCAGCAACACCACCUUUACCGUCAGCAAGUACUGGUGCUACCGGAUUCUCUCAGGGGUGCUGGGCCUGCCCCUUGCCUUGCUCUGGGGUUUCCUCUUUGCCUGUGUUUCUUUCUGCCACAUCUGGGGGGCUAUGCCUUGCAUCAAGAGCUACUUCAUAGAGGUGCAGUGCUGCGGGCGCUGCUAUGCCUUGUGCAUACGUACCUUCUGCGACCCUCUCUUUGAAGCAGUAGGGAAAGUUUGCAGCGACGUCCGAGUGGCCCUGCGCAAGGAACAUGCAAAGGACUGAGGCCUCUCCUUUGGAUCAGGAACAGGAUUCUGGCUUCGUUUUUCCUCCCCUUGACCCACUCAGAUGGGACAGUAGCUCAGCUGGAAUCCUGAGUCGGUUGACUGAUGGGCGGAAACAAUCUGGCUGAUGGAUCUUCCCCUUGAAUUCCUUGCCCCCAAGAAAUUAAUCCACCUCUUUUUGAUUAAGGUGGGAAAAAUAAACAAACAAACAAAAAAAAAAACCCUGUACUCAAAAUCAGUGUUCCUCAACCAUGGCAGCUUUAAGAUGUCUGGACUUCAGUUCCCAGAAUUCCCCAGCC